GGGGAGUGGACAGAGUCCGGGUUAUUGUCGAUCACGAAACCGGUUUGCUCAUGUAAGCAUUUAUUUAUGCAAUGGCGAAAAUUUAGAGAAUCGAUGGCAUGCAGAUUCCGCAGUCUCGAGCCUUGCGCGUGCAUAUCGUCUAGAUCAGCGCGGGAUCUUUCGCUGUCAACAAUAGAGCCACAAAGCGCUCCUGGACGCGCAGCACCCACAGCCAAGUUUCAUGUCGGCAUAAAUGCAUAUAACGUGUCUCAUAGGGUUUUCGGUAAUUCUUUUGGGUCCUGCAGAUGUAAAAUUUGCAGCGUCAACCUAAAGUGCAUCGUUUGCACGCGCGCCGUCAUACAGUAGAUGAGUGUACAAGGAAGAUGAAUCGAGGUCAGUUGAAAGAGAAUAACAAAGAGAACCUGCUCCGCAGUCUCGCGAGCAACCAUUAGCGGAAGCGGCUGCUGUUGUGUGUUUGACACUCGAACUUCGCAGUAUCGCUCGAGACUGUUGAGACCGGAGGCACUGCAACCGACGUUUAGCCAUUUUGUCUGGCUUUUAGUGGAUGAAUAUCUCGUUAAGCGAGGGUCUUUUAGUCGCUCACAUGCUUCGCGCGGGUUAAACGUUAUUUCAAAUACGGAGCACGCGCGUUUGGGGAAUUACCGGUUAAACCUAGAGGCAGCCGUUGGUUAUUCGCCGAUUACUGAAAAAAGUGACGACGACACUUUACAUUAUGUGAAUUGGAUGCAAGGCUUAAACUUUUUCCCCAGCACGACCUUGGGGUCGAAAGUGACCACUGCUUUUAUCAGCUUUUAUUACUUUUACUGUCCUGCCCCCCCCAGGAGACUCCCUAUGUGGAUUGAAUACAUCCCACAUUUUUUCAAAGGAUGGAUGAGCUGAAGUCUCCUUUUAAUCACCACCAUCAUCAUCAAAGUAUUUUAAACUGUGCAUGGAUCCUGCGUUACUUUUAUCAUCAGGCACGUCCUGUGCUCCUCUCCAACACUUUAGUUUGCAAAAGUAUUGACUUUAUCUGAACUGCUGUUUCGGGAGGAGGAAGGUUUAUCGAGUUUCCACUUGGUUUGAAGUGACCUCUUCUUGAUAUCAUAUUUAUACUGCCACUUUUUUGCAUGGAUAGCAUAUAAGGUUUAGCCAACUUCACUCUCCACUUGGUGGAGAAAUGUCAGAAAAUCUCAACGACAAGAUGGUCAAGUUCCUUUCCCCCCCUUCGAAGAACACCAACAGCUCCAGCUCAGACACUCUGGUGGGUGAGCAUCUAGGUGUCGAUGUCCGUCGUCGCCACCACACCAUGGAUCGUGAACUGCUGAAGGCAGAGCACCGUUUCUUCCGUCGCAGCGUCAUCAACGACUCCAAUGCUACAGCGCUGGAGCUGCCCAGCAAGAAUGCAAUCCUAACCCACUCCACUGACUCCCAUGCCCCUGUCUGUGAACCUCCUGCCCUAGAAACCAAAGCCGCUUCAGUGAUCGCACAAUCUGCACCAGAAAAGAAGGUGGCUGAUGUUGUCGAGAUGGUUAUUGAGUCAACACCAGUGUUGAUUACGAACGCCGCACAGCAUCUUUCUGCAGAAGCACCUAGUUUGGUUUCAGAGGUGAAGUCUGGAGAUGGCAUUGAUGGAAAACGAGAGGUUGAGAAAGAGGAGGAUGAAGAAAGUAAAGAAAAGGCACGUGCUGAGGCUGAGUUGCGGGAUGCUAAGAAGGAGGAGGAGGACAAUGAGGAAAUUGAGACAAACGCAGUUGGGACGUCACCGGAUGGCCGCUUCUUGAAGUUUGACAUCGAGAUAGGACGUGGCUCUUUUAAGACGGUCUACAAGGGGCUGGAUACGGAAACUACAGUGGAGGUUGCGUGGUGUGAGUUACAGGAUCGCAAGUUGUCCAAGUCAGAGCGGCAGCGUUUUAAAGAGGAAGCCGGAAUGUUGAAGGGUCUUCAGCAUCCCAACAUAGUACGCUUCUAUGACUCUUGGGAAUCAUCUUUGAAAGGGAGGAAGUGUAUUGUCUUGGUGACUGAACUCAUGACAUCUGGGACACUCAAGACGUAUCUAAAACGGUUUAAGGAGAUGAAGAUCAAAGUCUUACGCAGCUGGUGCCGGCAGAUUUUGAAGGGGCUACACUUCCUCCAUACCAGGUCGCCUCCCAUCAUCCACCGGGACCUCAAGUGUGACAACAUCUUCAUCACUGGGCCUACUGGAUCAGUCAAGAUUGGAGAUUUGGGCCUUGCGACCCUCAAGAGGGCCUCCUUUGCCAAGAGCGUCAUAGGUACCCCUGAGUUCAUGGCGCCUGAGAUGUAUGAAGAGAAGUAUGACGAGUCGGUGGAUGUGUAUGCCUUUGGGAUGUGUAUGCUGGAGAUGGCUACUUCUGAGUACCCGUACUCCGAGUGUCAGAAUGCAGCUCAGAUCUAUCGCAGAGUCACCAGCGGGGUGAAGCCUGGCAGUUUUGACAAAGUGGCUAUUCCAGAGGUGAAGGAGAUCAUUGAGGGAUGCAUACGUCAGAAUAAAGAUGAGAGGUACUGCAUUAAGGACCUCCUAAGCCAUGCCUUCUUCCAAGAGGAGACUGGGGUUCGUGUAGAACUGGCUGAGGAAGAUGAUGGAGAGCUUGUGGCUAUAAAGUUGUUGCUGCGCAUUGAGGAUGUAAAGAAACUUAAAGGCAAAUACAAAGAGAAUGAAGCCAUUGAGUUUUCCUUUGACUUGGAUAAAGACGUCCCAGAUGAUGUGGCGCAAGAAAUGGUUGAAUCAGGCUACAUUUGUGAGGGUGACCACAAAACCAUUGCAAAGGCCAUAAAGGACAGAGUGUCCCUGAUCUCCCGUAAGAGAGAGCAGAGAAAACUGGUGAGAGAAGAACAGGAAAAGAGGAAGAUGGAGCAGGAGAAUGACACUGCACAGCAAACUAACCCCACUGUCAAGUCUCCUGGUUCUGCACUGGCCUCAGCCAUCAUGGAGUCUGAAGAAAUAGAAACAGACCAGCACCAGCAGCCUGGAGCCUCUGCUUCUGCUGUAGGAUUUGUGGACCCUCAAAGUUCAGUGACCGUCCUCGAGGCUCAUCCUGUCCAGCCAAACGCAUCUUUCAGCACCACACAGCCUGAUCCGCAGCCACAGCACACAAUUACACAUCCACAAAGCAUGUCGCAGCACCCAGUCCAGGCCCCUCUGCAGCAGCCGAGCAGUACUUUGACCCUGGGCCCCGUCCCCCAGACUGGAACUUCGGCCCCACCUCAGGUGAUGGGUCAAACAGCCUCUCUGCCCUCUACUGUCCAACCUAUCGUCCCGCUGCAGUACCGUCAGCCACCUCAUGACGGCAUCACACUACCUCAAUCUCUGCCCAGCGCUCAAGUCUUACAGGCACCACUAAGUGUGUCCCAACCACAACCAGUAGAGCAGACACAACCUCAAACAUCUCUGGUUCCUGCCUCUACAGAAAGUGGACACUCUGAUCCAGCAUCUGGUCUAAGCGAUGGGAAUGAGGGGAGACACGAGGGUCGCUCUAUGAAACGACCCCAACGCCGUUCUGUACGCAGCCGCUCACGUCAUGAAAAAACAGCUAAGGUCAAGCUCAAUGUGCUGAAUAUUUCUAAUAUUGGGGACAGAGUCGCUGAAUGUCAGCUGGAAACCCACAACAGAAAGAUGGUCACAUUCAAGUUUGAUCUGGAUGGGGAUAAUCCUGUAGAAAUAGCUGAAAUUAUGGUCAAAAGUGAUUUUAUUUUGGAGAGUGAACGGGAGUCCUUCAUAGAACAGGUUCAACUGGUCAUUCAGAAUGCAGAUCAGAAAGGAAAAGCUCCCCAAAAUAGCCAAACUCAGGUGAUCAAUAAUUCGAGCCAGCAAGUACCUGAAAUUUUAACAUCCAGUGUGCCUGGUGUGCCACCUAGCUUAGCAGCACAGGUUGUACAUUCAGCAGGCAGGCGCUUUAUAGUCAGCCCUGUGCCUGAAGCACGACUUCGGGAGCCGUUGUUUGGGACUUCUUCAGCAAACACAUCAUUUGAAGAUACGGCACCAGCACCUGAUCCAGCGUCAGUCAGCAGUGCUCCACAGGACCAAGCCAACUUCACCCCUGGUUCAAACCAAAUUUCUCUAGUACCACCGACACCUGGAGGUCUUGCCCCAGAGAGCUCCAUUCCACCUACUUCUCAAUCACCAUACCAGAAUCCUGUCCCAUCAUCCAUUGCAACUCUGACUGUGACCACUACUCAAGUAACCACUCCAACACCAACUACCACUCAGCAAACCGUAACAGGGAGGACGUCACCUUCACCAGCCCCAACAGAACCACCAGCAUCACGUCGACUGUCACUUCCCACCCCAUCCCAGACACCUCAAAUCGCUGCGGGAGAGAGCAAUGGCUUGGAUCAAGCACAAGCCUCAAACCAGCAAGUAACUCAACCGAGUGCAACCGGAGAUGGUGAGAGCGACGUACAAGGGAAACCGCCUGGAAUUGAAGACAUUCAUGCUCUAGACCAGAAGCUGCGCUCCCUUUUCAAAGACUCAUCCCAGAGCUCCUGCAGCCAACCUGACGGGUCUGGAGAGACUUCCACAACCUCUCCACCCAACACCAUCAGCACUAACACUCCUGGCUUUGUCUCUGGUGUGACGCCUUCUAGUUUGUCGCUCAAUUCCAGUGGGAACUUUGCACCUGGUGCUUUCACCUCCAUUGGGACCCCUACAAGCUACGCCCAGACUCCAUCCACAGACCCAUCCCCUCCAAGGCCACAGAUUUCUGUGGGUGUAAUUCAACCAGAUGGACACAACAGUAUUGAGGAGAAAGAGACACAACUUGAUAAAGCUUUCCAACUUGGCCGAUUUCAGGUGUCUGUGGCCAGUGAUCAAGACCCAGUAACUGCUCCAGAACCAGCUGUGGUGGUUUCAUCUUCCUCUGCCACCCCAUCUUCAACAUCCUCGUCCUCGUCUUCCUCAUCACCAUCAUCUCUCUCUAGCCCCGAAAACACCAUUCAUAAAUCUCAGACUCCUCCACCCAGGGUCAGCCCUGAACCCGUACCACCAACCACUACAGUUGGCCGCUUUCAGGUGACCUCCAGCACUGACAUCAAACUUGGUCGCUUCUCAGUGACACCAGCAGAACGACAGACUUCCUCAGUUGAGGGACCAGACGCCGCUAAAGAGCCUAAAUUGACCCCGUCCAGUGUGUCCAUUACCAAUCACUAUCUCAGUAGCGAUAACGACUCCGAACCAGAAGAUGAGGGCUUAAGACGAGAGAUGAACAGGCUCAAGGAGAGGCAUAUGGUUGAGAUCAUGGCAUUGCAGAAUAAACAGAAAAAGGAAAUCGAGGAGCUCUUCACUCGUCUGGGCAAAACACCAUCUGUGGUGGUGCCACCCACUGUGGCCAUGACGCCUGGUAGACGGAGACCUGCUAAGGGCAAGGGGAACAGGCCAAGAAGUGGUAGUGGAACUCAGGCUGCAUCUUUUCAACAAGGGAACAAACAAGCUGUGCAGAGUGGUUCACUCAGUCAGUCAACCAGUGAGAAGACUUCACCUUCAGAAACAGCACCUAGCUCAAACACUGAUGUGCAAGGUAGUACAAGUCCAGUGAGAAAAGAAAACGGACAGAGCCAUGACCAGGACCAAACACCGGCAACUAAUCUGCCACGCAAGGGCACAUUCACAGAUGACCUUCAUCAGCUGGUUGAUAACUGGGCCAGAGAUGCCAUGAACAUGAUGCCACAGGUCAAGAAAGGAUCCAAAAAGAAUGCCCAGGCCCAUGAUAUGCCACGUAAAUACUCUGCACCAGGUCAGCUUUGUUCCACUGGUAGCCACAUCCCAGUGACCAUCAACCCCACAACUGGACGGAAGGGUUCAAUAGGUGUGACCAAUCAACAAUUUGGCUACACCUGUCCCAACUAUAACAUGCCUCCAUGGAAUCAGGUGGGAACUAUAUCCUCCACCGCUCCACCUGCAGGACUACAGCAGGGUUUCCUCAUCCCAUCAGGAGCCCACCAAACCGGAAACAACUGCGGAUCAAGCAAUCUGCGCACCACUCAGGCAAGCUGAGACAGCUGGCGAAGGGUAAAGCUGUGCCUCAUGAGGUUGAGAUUAUCGGGCCUAGUCCUCAAAGUGGACACACUUUAUCUGACAGUUUACAAAAAAAGACUUUCAGGUCCAUGAAAUGUGACUCGGGUUAUUUGAAUCUGACCUAACCUGCUAUUUAAAAGACUGAAUGUGUACAUUUGAUAGAGGCUCUAAUGGGUUAAACUGGUGUGUCUUCAAGAUCCGAUAUAUAGCCUUAUAGUACGGAUACUGUCCUUAUUGUAAUAAAGUCAGGCAGUGUAACUGGUGAAAUACAGUGAUGGUUUUGCAGUUUACCUACAGAAGUUUGCAGACGUAUAGAGAGAUGGAUGGGGAGAAGACUGUGCCACCGACACAAGUUCAAGUCUAGAUUUCUGGAAGAAUGAUGAAGAAGGUAGGAAUGUUGCAUUUUAGGGAAGUGUUGGAGAGUUUGAGUUUGGCAUGAAAGGAAAAGGAUGUGCAAUUGGAGGAAGGUAAAGCGGGGUUUUAUAGCUCUUUGUACUUGCACGUAUUUCAUAGCAUUGUUCAUUCGUGACUUUUGAUUUUUAUCAUUUAUGAUGAACUUACAAUAAUACAGUAUAUCUUAUAUAGACAGUCACCAGUAUUCCCUGUCUACACUUGGAUAUGGGUGGUCAUCCUGUAUGCAUAUUUCUUCAUCCUAUCACUUUAAAUGAAGGUAGCCUUAAACCACAGGAUUGUUAUGUCUUCCCAUACAUAUUCCAAGCAAAUGUACUGCAGUUGAUGAAAUGGGCAGGAAAUAUAAGAUGGUGCAUUUGACUGUAGCGACAGUAUUAAACUACAGCACUGCAUGAUUUCAGGUUUUUUUUUUUUUUUUAAAUACAUCACUCCCCCCAUUUUUUUUUUCCUCCAAAUCGUUUUUUAUUCCACAAUUUGAGUGCCAAUCGUUUGCUGAAGUGAUGUCUAAUCACCUCAGAAAUGAUCCGCUUGACUUCUCUAGAGAAGGUAAAUGUUACUGCAAUGCAGAAUACGCGCCGUUUAAAGGUUUAACAGACCGGGGAGGGUUAUUUGUUACUUUUGAUACUUGAUUUGUAAUUGACCCAGAACCACAUUUAGACACAGUGAAACUGUUGAAGUACCACUAAUCACAGUCACAAGCUACUGUCACAACUGAAAUUCAGAAAACGGCAUGUUUUCACGUUCCACUUCUCACACUUGUAACCAUAGAAGACAGCAUUAAAUUUGUGGGGUCAAAAAAAAGCUGCUGCAGAUGUUUUCUGUCAAUAAUUUUCAUCCAGGGUCCUUUUGGUGACUAUCUAUGGUUUUGUUUAUCUGUCUUGUAAAAAAGUAUAUGUAUAUAUAUAUAUAUAUUCAAAUCUUAAUAAAACCUUUUGGACAUUU